AUCUGUGAGAUUAACAAGGUUUCGAUAAGUACCUACAUAACUUACAUAGCGGAUAUACUGCUCUAAUAAUGCUGUGUUAUUAAACGUGAGACAAAUCAGUUCAUUAUAAUCUAUUCAUUCUUUGGAAACGUAUACACAAAGAACCUUUGUAUGACCUGACACUGGAUAUGGUUUUGAUGGUUGUCGGAGAGAAGCGUCAUAACUGACUGAAAUAUUUUCAGGAUCAGAAAUGCUUCCGUUCUCAAAAGAAAAAUACAUUAGAGACGAUGUCAUCAAAGCAGAGAUAACAUCGGAUAUGUCUUGACAACUAUAGUAUCAGAGGACACUUACAUGUGAUACCAUGAUACCGUGAUGAUGAUGAUACCGUGAUGAUUUGGUUGAUGAUCAAACGUAACGAUACCUACAUAAACGCAUAUUGGACAAAUAGGGACUCGAAGCAGGAUCCUUUGAUUUUCCCCUCAUUUUUUCAGUAAGUUCCACUGCCAGCCCAAGGAUCCAUAAUCAAGGUUUGAAAAAUGCCUCCGAGGAAUCGCAAACGGUCGCCCAUGAAGGGACAUCCAGGGAGCAUGAGAAAUCAACACACUAAGAUUGUCAUGCUUUUUAAUAAAGCCACUGGAGGGACAGUUGUUAACUACAUGCUUGUUGAUGAGGCCAAACGCAUCCUGUUACCUCGUGUUGAGAAUGUUAAGUUCCCGAUGCUUCAUGACGUGAUCGACUUCAGGGCUUGUGUUCUCAAUAACUGUGUUUAUCUACUAGGAGGGAAGGAUAGAGAGAGUGGGGAAGUUUUGAAACAGGUGUUGAAGUUUGAGCCUCACACCAAUAAACUUAUAGAAUGUCCCCCUAUGAUAAGCCCCAGGGCCAAAUUCACAGCAACUGCGUUGGAUGGAAGACUAUAUGUGGCAGGAGGCUACAACAGGAAUAACAAGCUUACUGCCAAAUGUGAGAGCUUCGAGCCACUGGUGAACACUUGGUUUAAGGAGACAUCUUUACCAGAGGGGAUGAAACUCCACGCAUGCGUCGAGGAUCCCAAACGACGAAAGUUGUACCUCUCCGGGGGUACCACUGUCAAAGAAGGGUGCAGUGUUAAAAUGUGGGAACUAUUCAAACAACUUGAAGACUACACUAACCCGACAUCUUGCUGGUUGUGGCAGAGGUUUGGAGGGACUUACAUGGACUCCCCCGCCCUCCUUCCGCAGGGUCUGAGGUCGCAUUGUAUGCUCAUCAGCAGAGAUAAGCUUUACGUCAUUGGAGGACAUAUGAAGCCAACAGAGAGACAAAAACUUCGAAUUUUGAGAAGACAAAAUGAAGAAAAGACAUUUAAAGAAUGUAAAGAUGAGGACAAACCUGGCACACCCACGAACGUUGACUCGUCGAAUAAUGAUGUAGAACAACAGGGAUGCCCAAUCGAUGAGCCUACACGUGAUCCUGAUACUAAUACAGAGACUGUGACUGAAGGUGCUGAUACACUUGUACAAGAUCAAAACGGCCAAGACAUUGCUGUUUCUAAUACAACUAUAGCUCAUGUUGUCAUGGAGACAUCAAAUACACUUGAUGGUGCUAUUGAAAAUGCAAUUCCAGACAAUUUGGAUGAUAUCAUAUCUAUUGACUCUGGUACGGGGCUAUCGGACACAGAGAGUGAACACUCGGUGGAUAAGACUCAGAAUCAACAAAGAGGUGAUACACUUGAAAAAGAGGAAAAUAUUGACACUGAUGUCAUUGGUGAUCCGGAAUUAAACAUUGCCAAUGAUCGUGGAAAAAUAACUCCAACAGAUGGUAAUAAUGAUGAUGAAUUAAAAAGUAGUAAUAACAGUGCUAAUGCAUCUAAUGAGAGCAUACCUAAUGUCACAGAGGACGACGACAAACUCAAUGAACCCAUUGACUAUACUGAAAUUGCACAAGAUGAUGAAGGGAAAAAUGUAAAAACAGAAACAACUUCCUAUGAUAACAUGAGUAUGAAAAAUGACAGGAAUAAUGUUGAAGUAAAUGGCACUGAUAAAGCGCCAAAUAUUGAUACAGCUCGUCAUAAAAACACAGAUGUUUGUGACAACCAAAUAGAGGAACAUACACAUGGAAGUACAGACACAAAUACAAUUGAAGAUUCAACUGACAUUGAUAUAAAGGAUGGUGUUUUGAAUGAGAGCACAGAGAAAAAUAUUAAUCAUGUUAACGAUCUCAUCAAAAUUGAAGACAAAGAUGAAGAGAAUAGUACAGACAAAAAUGCAGAGAGCGUCUUAAGAAAUAACAAUAAUGAUGUUGAUGGAGAAGAACUGGUCUUGGAUGAAACAAGUGAUAAUAUUAAACAACAAAUUAUAAACCUCCCCAAACUGAAUAUCAUGAACAAACCUGUAGAUAAAGAUAAGUUUCAGUUUCGUUUGGAUGAGGGACAGCAUAGAUUACCAACUAUCAUUGAGGAAAAUGAAACAUUGAGGACGAAAACAUCAAAAGGUACUAAAAGUGUUAGUGCAAAGACUAAUACCACAGAUAAUAGCAAAGGGACAACAGAUGACAAUAACGACGUAUCGAUUGAUAAAUUAGCACCAAAGAAGAAACCUCAAUCACAAAAUAUUUUUGCAUCUCAAGAAAUCCAGGCUUUUGAGUUAAGUUCGGAGAAAAGAAGAGAAAGGGAGACACCCUGGAGAGUUCAUUGGCCGCGUAUGAGUUCUCAGAGGGUCGGAGCUGGACACGUAAUGAUAGGCAAUAAGGUUUAUAUGAUAGGUGGUACGAACGAAGAUCAGGAAAGUGUACACCAUGUUGAAUACUGGCACGUGAAGAAACGGGAAUGGACGACGACAUUUUCCCUCCCCCCUGGGGAUUACUCGGACAUUGACUGCUGUUUAGUGGACAUGCCGAAGUCUAAUCAUAAUUUCAAGUUGGAUUGCUCCCUCGCUACUGGACGCUGGGUCAUGUGGUGAGGAAUUUGCGUGAAAGAUCCACCGUCUUCAAAGGGAAGGAGAGGGACCAUACUUAAGCAAUGAGUUGGGCUGAAUAGGUAAAUGACACGGGAUGGCAUCGAACUAAUGAGCUUCUCUUUCGAGAGAAAAUCUGAUAUACAGUGCAUCAGAUGCGCACAGCUAAACCAACGUACCAGCCAACCAACAAUUACGAUACAGGAAGAGUACAAGAGUAUUCGGGAUAGAGUAUCAUCAUUAUGUUUGCUGGAUCUAAAAAGGUCUCUCCACUGUUUGAUUCGACAUU